AUGGCUGUUAUGUGCGUACUUGAACAAGAAUUCGAUACUAUCGAUAAAAAUCAUGAUGGAUACCUGAGUAGGAAUGAAAUUAUGAACUGUUUAGAACGAUUUGGUUUCGAAAGAGAUAAAGCAAGAGAAGCGAUUCGACUUUUUGACGAAGAUAAAGACGGGAAGAUUUCUAAAAAGGAAUUUAUGAAGGCUACAAAUAAGAAACUUUCACAAUGUGAUGUGUCAUGUGCCGCUUUAAGAAAAAUAUUUCGAGAAAUGGAUAGAGAUAAGAAUGGGACCGUGUCAAAGAAAGAAUUGAAAGAAUAUAUGAAGAAUGACUGUAAUUUUGUAUUCCCUGUACAAGUAGAACAGUGGGUUGAUAAGUAUGAUAAAAACAGAGAUGGAAGCCUAAGUUACGAGGAAUUUAUUGCAUUCGCCUAUCAGUAUUUUUAA